CUACAGGUUUGUGAGCAGGUUUUCAAUGCGAGGAUCAAGUUACGCAUUUGGGUGGAGUAGCCUAGUUUAUAAACAGUCGAGUUCUAGUGUGAUCUACAAGGAGUGAAUUAAGUCACAGGAACAUAGGAGUUCCAGGACCCGAACUGUAGUCAAAGGUGUUUUUCUUUAGCUGAAAUUAAAUCAUGUUUCGUUGCGGGAUUGCGUACCCACGAUGCAGGUGGAUCUUGCCUCUGCUUUUGCUUUUUGCCAUCAUUUUUGACAUUAUUGCGAUCGCAGCCACGUCCGGAUGGGUCGAAGACGAGGACGCAAAGUCUCAUUACGCAAAUAUGUGGACACAUUGGCGAGGCAGGAAUGAGGAUUGGAUCGGCAAGUCGCUGAUGGAAUACUCGUGGGCCCAGGCAGUGGCGGCUCUGAUGAUCAUCGGGCUCAUCCUCCUCAUCAUCGCCUUCAUCGUCUCCUGUGUCGCCCUCUGUUGCACACUCAACCUCAGCCUGACACCUGUUGUUGGUGGCCUCGUCAUCCUCACAGUCAUCCUGCAGAUCAUCGCCCUCAUCAUCUAUCCUGUCAAGUUUAACGAAGUGCUCAUCUUUGAGGGUCACUAUGACUACACCUGGGCAUACGGCUUUGGCUGGGGCGCCACCAUCCUGGCCAUGGGUUGCGGCAUCCUCUUCUGCUGCCUGCCGCGCUACGAGGACGAGUUGAGCGGCCUGGCCAAGACAAAAUAUAUCUACUCUUCCGCCUAAACACACCACACACUCACACUCUCUGGUAUCAACCUAUGAGAGAUGAGAUAGAUAUACAUUUUAUGGUGGAGACUUUUUGAAAACACUGACAGAUUAAAAACAGGGCUAAUCGGUUCUAAGCGGAGCAUCUCCUUGGCCAUGUUGAUUUCUAUCUUUCCUGUUUCUGUUGUUUUUUGUCCUUUGUUUGCCCUUCAUAAGAAAGACUAAUCUCUGUACAGGACCUGACCAAAAAGAAUAGUCUAUAGGUUGUGUUAUCUGUUCCGUUAGCCUCGGGUUCUGCGUGUUUGAUGUAAUUUGUGUGUAGAGGAGGUUGGAAACUUAGAACCAUGUAAUUGUUCGGCACUCUUUGCCCUUUGUUAAUUAAAUGUCCCAAUUCACCCAUUUCACUUAAAGCCACACUUGCUCUGUCAUACAUCAACUGAAAUAGCUCUGAAAGUGCAUUUGAAAACCUUUCCAUCAAAUGAAGUGAAGAUUGUCAGUUUAUACAUUGCAAAGCUGGCACACUUGGUGUGCUGUGUGUUUGUUAUGUAUUAAUAUGAUCGUGUGAGAAGAACUUCUUAAUGCCACUAAAAGAAAUAGAAAAAUAUAUAUCUAAAUAGGUUUAAAUAUAAACCUUAUGUGCUGUCUAUAUCCAUCGAAUGCUUUAAGAUGGCUUUCAAAAGCUUUUUACUAAUCCCAAUGGCCCAUUCGAUCUUAGUAUAUGUCAUUGAAAUAUAUAAAGCUGCAAGAAAAAAAUAACUAAUCCUGCAGAUGAAUGUAUAUAUUUCUCAAAGAAAAACUAUAUUUUUUCCAGAGGAUAAUCGUAAUUGAAUUGAAAGGGAGGAUUUGGAAUUCUAUACUAUGCAAUACUCUUCACUGUUUUCACUGUUCUCAGUGUGUGUGUGUAUCUCUGUGUGUGUGUUCGGUGUUUUUUGUGGCUGUUGUUACACUCUGACUAUCCAUUAUUGCACAAAAUGAGUUUAAAGAAGAGUUCAAAGUCAAAGUGUUCAAUUUUGUACUUCACUUGUUUUUAUGACAUUCAUCAUUUAUGAAUGCAGAUUUUGUGACACUGCUACAGAGGGAAAGAAACAACUGAAGUGGUGUCCUUCCUCCAAAUGUCACUUAAACACACUCACUUUUUUGUCCAAACGAGUUGUCCAGUUUACAGCUUAGUCUGGUAAGAAACUGGCCUUGAUUGGACUCAGUUUAAUGGAUCCACACAGGAUUGGAACCUGAUCUGCUCUAGAGCCCUUGCUAUCUGUACUUUACCCAGCUAUAGUAAUAUCUGUGCCUUAUGUACAGUAGUAUCUCCAAUCUGCUGUUGAAUAUCAAAUUCUAAAACCAGAAUUUCAGAUAUGUAUUACAAUGUACUUUUAAACAAGAUAUUGGCAUAACUGUUUCAUAACCGAGUUUUAUGUAUUUUUUAUGCAAUAAAAAAGUCUUUCAGACAUUCA